AGGCAAAAGGGAGUGUCUAGAAAACGUGAGCAUUGUCUGUCGGGUUCUUGUGUACUAGCAUUCUUUAGGGACUAACUCUCCCCUAACACCCAGUACCCAAACUCUGAAGGUAUUUAGACAAGAAAGCGUGAGCUGUUAGAAGUUUUAGUUCGUAACACACCUGCCAUGUAUUAUGUUGCGUUAAUGUGGUGCUCGAUCCUCAUCAGUGGUGUAGUAUCGUAAUAUUGGCGGGGUAACUUUCUUGUCACUGCAGUAAAUAGAAGAUUUAGAAAAUAAAAUACAUUCAAUUUCACUGUUUGCUCUGUGUUACCAGGCUACAUUCCUCGUGGAUAGGGUACGACACCUGGUGGUUUACAUCCGUAAAAGCGUGGGACCCAUCGUUCUGUAGAACUGAAUAAACACGUGUACGGUUGACGUCAUGUCGAAUGCUGUAACACCAGUUAAAAAGGUUCCAAUCCAUCUUCAGAGUGCCCAAACAAGGCUACUGAUCAAAGGAGGGAAAAUUGUCAAUGAUGAUUUAAUGUUCGAUGGUGAUAUCUAUCUUGAGGAUGGAAUCAUCAAGCAAGUUGGAAAAGAUCUCAUCAUCCCUGGAGGUACCAGGACUAUUGAUGCCAAAGGGAAGCUAGUUAUCCCAGGCGGAAUCGACACCAACACCCAUUUUCAACUCCCCAUCAUGGGCACUAGAUCUGCCGAUGAUUUUUACCAUGGAACCAAAGCAGCAUUAGCUGGAGGAACCACCAUGAUCAUGGACUGUGUUUUGGAAUCUACCUUAUCUCUACUGGAAUCCUAUGAAAAAUGGAGAAGCUGGGCUGAUGAGAAAGUUUGCUGUGACUAUGCUCUGCACGUUGCUGUGACCUCAUGGAAUGACAAUAUUAAACAGGACAUAGUGAUACUCACUCAAAAACAUGGUAUAAAUUCAUUUAAAAUGCACAUGGCCUACAAAGAUGUUUAUAUGCUACGAGACGAUCAACUAAUUGAAGUAUUCAAGAUAUGCAAAGCUUUAGGGGCUGUAGCACAAGUUCAUGCAGAAAAUGGUGAUAUAAUAUAUGAAAAUCAGAAAAAACUUUUGGACAAGGGUAUCACUGGCCCUGAAGGACAUAUAUACAGUAGAACAGAGGAGGUUGAAGCUGAGGCAACCAACAGGGCUAUAGUCCUAGCAAAUCAACUCAAUUGCCCACUCUAUAUUGUAAAUGUGAUGAGCAAGAAUGCAGCAAAAAUUGUUGCCAGAAAAAGGGAAGAAGGCUGCAUAGUAUUUGGAGAACCAAUUGCUGCUGGACUGGGUACAGAUGGAACUCAUUAUUUCAACAAGUGUUGGCGUCAUGCUGCUGGGCACAUUUUGUCUCCCCCAUUAAGACCUGACCCAUCAACCCCUGGGUGCCUGAUGGAUAUGCUAGCUAGUGGUGAAUUACAGGUGACGGGUUCAGACAACUGUACUUUCAAUGCCAACCAAAAAGCUAUGGGUGUCAGUGACUUCACCAAGAUCCCAAAUGGUGUAAAUGGUGUCGAGGACAGAAUGUCUGUGGUGUGGGAAAGAGGAGUUAUGACGGGUAAACUAGAUCCUUGUAAGUUUGUGGCGGUUACUAGUACAAAUGCUGCCAAAAUUUUUAACAUUUAUCCUCGAAAGGGUAGAAUCCAAGUUGGAUCUGAUGCAGACAUUGUGAUAUGGGAUCCAGAUCAAACACGCACCAUCUCAGCCAAGACUCAUCACCAUAAUACAGACUUCAAUAUUUUUGAAGGAAUGAAGUGUCAUGGUGUACCUAUAUAUGUUAUUUCCCAGGGCCGACUUGUGGUUGAAGAAGGACAGGUGAAAUAG